AUGUCCGACGUCAAGCUGUUCACCUACGCCGACCUCGAGGAGCACAAGUCUCGCAACUCGCUGUGGCUCACCAUCCACAAGAAGGUGUACGACGUCACGGCGUUCUUGGACGAGCACCCGGGCGGUGACGAGGUGCUCCUCGAGGAGGCCGGGCGCGACGGCACCGAGGCGUUCGAAGAUGUCGGGCACUCUGACGAGGCGCGCGACAUGCUCCUCAAGAUGUACCUUGGCAACCUCAACCCUGCGGAGGCGGCCAAGAACACCACAACCGCCAACGGCAAGGCCCAGUCCGGCACCCCGGCUCCCAGCGCCGCCCGCUUCCUCAUGCCCAUCAUGGUGAUCCUCGCGUGGUGGGUGUACCGCCAGUACUUUGCGUGA